AUGCCUCCCGCGAAGAGAGGCAGGCCGCCGAAUCUCACUGUGCAGGUCGACUCUAUCAAACGACCCGGACAGAGCAACACAAUCAUAGAGCUGGUGACACCUGUCGACCUUGUAGACGACUUGGAGGAAAUUGAUCUACAGUCUUCCUCGCCGUCCUCGUCCUCAUCGAGCUCUCUCACUAGCUAUCCGUCUAAUGCCGAGACCGACUCGGACGCCGCUCUCGAUGAUCUCUCCAAAGACCUCGCAGCUCUCGAGCAACUGCGCCAGAGCGUAGAAAAGAACCUUCGCUUGCGUCCAUUACGCUCCGCCGCAUCUGUGCAUGGUUUCGCCUCGUCCUCCCCGUUCACACGACAGUCAUCAUCAUCGCCAUACUCGGCGUGGUCUGAGUUUUCAGAUCAACGCACACCAAGCCCUACUGGUAGUGCAAGUCCGGCCAGUGCUUACUUCACCCCCCUCUCCGAGCUCAGGGCGACUCCUCUCAGUGCAUAUUAUGUUGACACAGACCGGUGGAGACUCGCUUCUAUCGAUACAUCCCUCAAAACGCUGCAGCCUGCGAGCGGGAUGGACCCUGCCGUCCUCGUUGCGCGCCUCUCCGCCUCAAAUCGUCCGAUAUUAAUCGAUACACGGCCGGUUGCAUCAUUUUUGUCUAGUCGGCUGGAAAGGAGCAUCAACAUGGCCAUUCCAUCGCUCAUCCUGAAACGGUGUCGCAAGCCGAACGGUGGGUUUCAUGACUUUGACGCGUUACAUCAGUACAUCACAACAGAAGACGGCAAGCGAAUAUGGGAUGAUAUGAUCUCCAGUGGAGAGUGGGACGGUGAUGUGAUCCUGUACGACGAGACGAUGGACGAAAAAGACAGACACAACCCACAGUCCACAGUUUGGGUCCUGGUGGAAGUCGUGCAGCCGCUGCUCGAUAAUGGCAGUGUAGAUUAUCUCGAAGGCGGUUUAGCGGCCGCGCGACAGCACCCCUAUUUGCAGCAACUCAUAAUUACAGAUGAUGGCAUGGAUAUUUCUUCUCAGAACGACUUAUCCACGAACAACAGAAACAAGGGCGGGCUCUUCCAGCUCGAUGUCGCGUCGGCAGGCCAUUCAAGGAACCUCCCCGAGGUGGAGCAAAUGCCCAGCUCCCCAGCGGUUGGCAUGCCUUUGGACUCCCACCCAUGGUCUAAAUUUGCAGAUUACGCCACUCCCUCCCCUCCGCCUUCGCAGACCAUCUUCUCCCUUCCCUCUACACCUCGCCGGCCGAGCAUCCCCACGCUGCGCAAGAUUGACACGUCUUCUGCUGAACGGCUCAAUGCGGGAAUGCCCAAAUUGCAAGUCCGCACGGUACCGACAAAGGCUGCUACGCUUGCCGCCCCGCCGAUGCACGGUCACGACUCAUCGUCUAUACGAUCGCGGUCGCGUUCCCCGUCGCAUUUGAAUCUAGCCUUCUCUAAUAAUUCUCCACCUAAGUCUGCGCGAUUGCUCUCGCCUCAAAGCAAUAGCUCCAGCGAGCUCCUCCCUCCUCCGUCUCCAUCGUUCACACAGUCCAGCACACCCCGCACGCCUGUAACACCCAUGCCCCGCUCUCCUUCUACUGCUCGUCCCGACUCUUCGCAGCCUCCCACCACCGAGGAGGAUCCAUACCCUGUAUUCACCGUUUCCACCAUUCUUCCGAACUUUCUAUAUCUUGGACCUGAGCUUACUGCUGAGGAGCAUGUAGAGGAGUUGUUGUCCCUCGGCGUGAAGCGCAUCCUGAACAUCGCUUUCGAGUGCGACGACGACCACGGACUGCACUUGCGCGAACGGUUUGAGCGCUACGUGCGUAUACCUAUGCGGGACACAGUCGAGGAGGACAACAUCACGCGGGGUGUUCGGGACGUCUGCGAGCUGCUAGAUGACGCUCGAUUGCAUUCUGCACCUACCUACGUGCAUUGCAAGGCGGGCAAGUCACGCUCGGUGACGGCGGUCAUGGCAUACCUCAUCCACGCCAACCACUGGACACUCUCCAAGGCGUAUUCCUUCGUCCUUGAGCGGCGAAAGGGCAUCUCACCCAACAUCGGCUUCGUCUCUGAGCUAAUGACGUUUGAGGAACAAGAACUUGGCGGCAAAUCUGUAGGCGUGAUCAAGGCUGUCCCCGGCAAUGGAGAGAACGACGGUGAGGACAGCAGCGCGUCCAGCUCGGGCCUCAACACAAAUUACCAGGUCGUGUUGGGAGGUCGCCGUCCGCAGAACGUGCGCGAGAGUUUGCCACCUGUGUUCACGCGAGAACACUCUUUCAACAUCGUUCCUGUGCCAACCGCUGAUGACACAGCCGCGAUUGGCGACUCUGGCCAAGAGAUGGAGAUCAAGGAUGCGAGUGGACGAUACAGACAUGCUCGUCGUGCGCCUGUCGAUGUGGCGACGCUUCAGCCGCUGCGGCGAGUCAGUAAGGCGGGGCUGGAGAGUACAAUAUGUUCAUAG